AUGUGUCAAUCACCUAUGCGCGAAUUCCUUCAAGGUCUCCCUAAGUGCGAGCACCACAUUCAUCUCGAAGGCAGCCUGGAGCCAGAGCUGAUCUUUGAAUUGGCCGCUCGCCAUGGCAUCACCCUGCCCGACGACCCAGUCUACACCUCAGUGGAGACACUCAAGAAGCGCUACGAGCACUUCAGCAACCUCGACGACUUCCUGCACUUCUACUUCGAAGGCAUGGCCGUGUUGCGCGAGGAGCAAGACUUUGCCGAUCUGGCCUGGGCAUACUUCCAAAAAGCACACGCGGAUGGUGUCCACCACGCCGAAGUCUUCUUCGACCCGCAAGUCCACGAAAGCCGUGGAGUCGCAUACAACACCAUUGUCGACGGUUUCACCAAGGGCUGCAAGCGCGCCGAGUCUGAGCUCGGUCUGUCCACCAAGUUGAUUCUGUGCUUCGUGCGCCAUCUGCCUGUUGCGUCUGCGCAGGAACUUUACGAUGAGAUGGUGGCUCACAAGUCCUUUGAGAACGGUACUGUUCACGGCCUUGGUUGGUCUUCUUCUGAAGUCGGCCCCCCAAAGGAUAUGUUCCGUGAUAUUUACGCUUCUGCCGCGAAGAAGAACAUUCCUCUAACUGCCCAUGCCGGCGAGGAAGGUGAUCCCACCUAUAUCAGCACUGCACUUGAGCUUGGCGCGCGGCGAAUUGAUCAUGGCAUUCGAUUGAUUGAAGACGAAGAGCUCAUGCAACGCGUUGCUCGCGAAGGCAUCCUGCUUACCGUCUGUCCGUUGUCGAAUGUGCGCUUGCGCUGCGUCAAGUCCGUCAAGGAAGUUCCUAUUCGGAAAUUCUUGGAGGCUGGUGUCAAAUUCUCGAUCAACAGUGACGACCCUGCUUAUUUCGGUGGCUACAUCCUGGACAACUACUAUGCCGUGCAGGAGGCAUUCAACCUGAAUGUUUUGGAGUGGAAGAUUAUUGCCGAGAACAGUGUCCAGGAGAGUUGGAUUGAAGACUCUCGCAAGGCGGAGAUCCUGAAGAGUAUCGAGGCUCAUGUUCAGAAGUAUAUGCACACCAUCACUGCAUGA